UUGGGGGGCUUGCGUGGUCUGCAACUUCUCGAUCUCAGCCAGAACCGACUGGAAGCCAUCCACUUAGCCCGCUGGGGUCUGCCUUCCGAUCCCAUAAGUCCAGUCAUCCGGCUUGACCUGUCCGACAAUCGAAUUACUCUGCUAGAGUCUGAUGCCUUUCGUCUUGUCCCACGACUCGUCCAGCUCCUGCUAGCCGGUAAUCAGUUGCGCGAGUUGCCACUGGAAGUAUUCCGUGGGCUAACUAGUCUACGUCUUCUUGACCUCUCUCGCAAUAAGCUCACUCUCCCCGGCCUUCUUGAGAAGCCGGGCUCUAGCGAGGCGGCUGCAGGAGGCAAAUUUGCCACGAUGCUGCCUCGACUACGCCAGCUUCGUUUGUCUGGAAACCCAUUGACCCGGGCGCCUGCCAAGCCAGCCUGGUGGCUCUCUACAGAGUGCCCCAGUCAUCUGAGUGAAUUGCACCUGGAUGAAAUUGGCGACCUCCACUUGGCCUCACCUAUCUUGCCCCCGAUUGCCUGGCCUCAGUGUCCAAGACUCAUGUUGAUUAGCCUAGUACAGCCCUACAUGAAGGCACUUAGCUGUUUGCCCCGUACAUGGCUCGGCCUCGAUCCUGCCGGAGUCCUGGGGUCUGGUGAAGAAUCAGUAAUGACUAAUCGCACUUUUCAGCCGGUUGGACUCUCCGUUUGUCCUAUUAUGCUAUCUGAUGAUGCCAGGCUACAAUCUCAGUCCUCUCUAUCAGAUCGGGAUCAUCGUUAUGUAUCAGAUGAGGCCUCGUUCCGUAUUGCUGAGACAGCUGUCGACAAAACCACUUCGCUUCGGGAUCUCAAACCAAUGCCACCGGCCGAUGCUCAGGAAUCUGAUACUUCAAGCGUUGUCGGGGCUCUUCCACACAUAGCUGAUUAUAACGCUGACGGGAGUAAUCCAAAUGAGGCAAAAAAGUCCGACUCUUCAUCGACUGGUCUCCUGGCGUUACUCACGAACCUCUUCCCGAUAGAGCCAGAAGGGCCAGCAGCCUCGGUUCCUCAUGAUCCUCUUGCUGCCAGUUCAGGUAGCUUGUCUUCUCUAGGGCUUGACAACUCCGAUAGUAAGGAAGCCAAACAUAGUGGGCUAAACAGGCACCAGCAGCGCCGAGAACGAGCCUUCCGCUCCCUCCUUUUGCUAAUCCUUCUCAGCCUCGCACUGACUGUGACCUUGGCUGCUGUUGUUCUUCUUCUUGUUACAUGUAGCCGCCGCGCCUUGAGCUCUUAUGCUCGCCACCGCCACCAACGUUCUCUGAAAUCUAAUGCAGCUCAAAAAACACCUGGCAUGGACUUCUUUUCCGGUAGCAAAAGCCCAUCUCCGACCAGGGCUGGCGCCACAAGGGAGAUU